AUGAACCUGGAGCUGCUCGAGUCCUUCGGCCAGAACUACCCCGAGGAGGCCGAUGGCACACUGGACUGCAUCAGCAUGGCCCUGACCUGCACCUUCAACCGGUGGGGCACGCUGCUCGCCGUGGGCUGCAACGAUGGGCGCAUCGUCAUCUGGGACUUCCUGACCAGGGGCAUCGCCAAAAUCAUAAGUGCUCACAUCCACCCCGUCUGCUCGCUCUGCUGGAGUCGAGAUGGCCACAAACUGGUGAGUGCUUCGACUGAUAACAUCGUGUCACAGUGGGAUGUCCUCUCUGGAGAUUGUGACCAGAGGUUUCGGUUUCCAUCACCUAUCUUGAAAGUUCAGUACCACCCUCGAGACCAGAACAGAGUCUUGGUGUGCCCCAUGAAGUCUGCGCCGGUGAUGCUGACGCUGUCGGACUCCAAGCACGUUGUGCUGCCUGUGGAUGAUGAUUCUGAUCUCAAUGUUGUGGCCUCCUUUGACAGGAGAGGGGAAUACAUUUACACAGGCAAUGCCAAGGGGAAGAUCUUGGUCUUAAAAACAGAAACUCAGGAUCUUGUUGCUUCCUUCAGAGUGACAACUGGCACCAGCAACACCACAGCCAUCAAAUCCAUCGAGUUUGCUCGGAAGGGAAGCUGCUUUUUGAUCAACACAGCAGACAGGAUCAUCAGGGUGUACGAUGGCAGGGAGAUCCUCACCUGCGGCCGGGAUGGGGAGCCUGAGCCCAUGCAGAAGCUGCAGGAUUUAGUGAACAGGACACCCUGGAAGAAGUGCUGCUUCUCUGGGGACGGUGAAUACAUCGUGGCAGGCUCAGCCCGCCAGCAUGCCCUCUACAUCUGGGAGAAGAGCAUUGGAAAUCUGGUGAAAAUCCUCCAUGGGACCAGAGGAGAGCUGCUCUUGGAUGUUGCAUGGCAUCCUGUCCGCCCCAUCAUAGCUUCAAUUUCCAGUGGUGUGGUGUCCAUAUGGGCUCAGAACCAAGUGGAAAACUGGAGUGCCUUUGCACCUGACUUCAAAGAGCUGGAUGAAAAUGUGGAAUAUGAAGAGAGAGAAUCAGAGUUUGACAUUGAAGAUGAAGAUAAGAGUGAACCAGAGCAGACAGGUGCUGAUGCUGCAGAAGAUGAAGAAGUGGAUGUAACAAGUGUGGAUCCCAUAGCUGCCUUCUGUAGCAGUGAUGAAGAACUGGAGGACUCCAAAGCUCUGCUUUACUUACCCAUUGCUCCUGAAGUGGAAGAUCCAGAAGAAAACCCUUAUGGACCUCCACCAGAUGCAGUUCAGAGCUCUUUGGCUGAUGAAGGAAUAGGUUCUGAGAAGAAGAGGCAGUCCUCCUCUGAUGGACCUCAGGCACCAAAGAAGAAGCCCAAAACCACCAAUGUUGAACUCCAAGGAGUUCCUAAUGAUGAGGUCCAUCCGCUGCUGGGUGUGAAGGGAGAUGGUAAAUCCAAGAAGAAGCAAGCAGGCAGGCCUAAAGGAUCAAAAGGUAAAGACAAAGAUUCUCCAUUUAAACCGAAACUCUACAAAGGGGACAGAGGUUCUUUACCUCUGGAAGGAGCAGCGAAGGGUAAAGUGCAGGCGGAGCUGGGACAGCCCUUGACAGCAGGUGGUGCAAUCUCAGAACUGUUAUGAAGACUCCCUUCUGUAUCUUGCUGUCUUCUUUCCUUUAUUGGCACCCUAACAUGGGAAAAUAGCUUAAAUGCUCAGUCAGAGUGGACUGACUCAAGCAGCAGGCUGCUCGUGGCUUCAGGGAGUGACUUUUGUAAGAAUGUGGAAGAGGAAACAGCUUCCCCUGCUCCUUCCCUGCCUCUUCAGUGGACAGUGUGCAAGCUGCUGACUCUCAGGUCAUGCCAUUUGCAAAAGAGACUUAAGCUGGACUGACUUGGUGUUGGGAUGACUACUUCUAAAGUGAGCUGGUGCCCACCCCCCUGCCACUCCAGAGCUUGUCAGCCAUUGGGGUUGUUUUUUUUUAUCUCAUUCCUGGAUGGAAGCAUGCCCCCCAGGGGUGCCAGUUUUAUUCCUGACUGCUGUGUGUCCUGCAGACUCUCCCUUUUCUUUGCUGUUUGUUUUCAUGCCACGGGGUUGUGACUCCACUCACUCCCCCUGUGGUGCCAGCUGGGGUGAGCCUCCCCAGCUCUUCUCUUAGCUCAGUGUGAUGCCUUCUGUGCUGACAGGCUUGCUGAAGCCACCACUGCUGCUGCUCGUGUGCCAGGUUGGAUUUCAUCUCCAAGUGGAUAGAGCUCUAAUGGUUGAAGAAUCAAGACACCCUCUGAAGGCUGCACAGAAUGAAUCUUCAUCUGGUGAAGGUUUUAGAUGUGAAGGGUGGCUGCUGGUGGCAGAAGGAGCAGGUGAAAGUAGCUCUGGAGGCAGUGCUCAGCUCAGACAAGUGCUUGCCUCUAGGCUGGGAUGUGCAGAGCUCUGCUGGCACUUCCCUUCUGUCCCUGCAAGUGUUUUUAUUUUGCCUCCUUCCUCUGAGGUGUCCUUAUCAGGAAGAGUUGAUUUCCUUUCUACCUUAGCUGGCAGUUAGAGUCAAGGCAGAACUACUAGCACUGAAACAGUUUUCCAGGGUUUGUGGUUUGCUUUUUUUUCCCACUUCUGGAUCAAGAAUGGAAGGAAGAUGACUGCUAACAGCUCCUUCCCCUCAGCCUUUAACCUUUUGUUCCUGCUCCUUGUGUGGAUAAUGGGAAGAGACACAAUCCAACACCUGCACUAAAGCAACCAGCUGUGGAAAGAAAGUUUUCAUUCCUCAUGCCCCUUGCUUUUGGAGACUUUCAUGAUUCCUAUGCAAUUCCUGCCAGGUUUUCCCCCCAGAGGUCGUUGUUGAGCUUAUCACAGGUGUUUAGAUCUCCCAAGUAUCCUGCAGAACCCCAGAAAGAGGAGGAGGAGUCAGUCAGAGCGUGCAGCAGUUACCUGAGGAUGCCAGCAUGGGACUGAGAGGAGCUGCUGGAAAUCAGAAGGGCUUUGAACUGCUCUGUUCAUUUCUGCUCUGGGGCUAGGGGCCUGCUCCAUGGAGGGAAUUCAUUCCUCUGUGCCCAGGGUUGGUUUUCUUGCUUCCUUCUGCUUCUCACAUCUUUGCUGGGGCACUGUUAGGUGAAACCUACCCUUGUGUGGUGUGGCUGAAGCCCAGAAGCUUUAAGAGCUGCACAGGCAAUGCUUCCCUGGAUCAUUUUAAAGCAGCUGAUUUGCCUUUCCUCUGCUCAAUCUUCUCUGUACAGUGUAGAUGUCCUUGGGUUAUUUUCUUCCACCACCUAUUUUAUUAUUAUUUUUUUCCUUGGGGGGGUAGUUUUGUACAAUAUUUGUUGGAUACUGACUUGCUGGUAGCAUAGAGCAGUGCUGUUAGGUUUUGUGUUUGUAA